CUCAGUUGACGAUCCAAAUCCGUCCAAAUUUUGCGUGCGUCGCGCCAUGUGUCCCUCCCGCGGUUAAGCUAACCCAGCAAAGCAUAUCCGGUGGGAGGAGCAGACAGUCGCCGAGCAAGCAUUCCUCAGUAAGUCGAGCUCAUCGUCGGACGCUGUCUACUGCUGGUAGCCCUGCGUGGUUGUUCUCCGGCAAGUAUUGAAAAAGGUUAACAAGCUGGUUUGUACACAAAAUGAGCAAAUUAUACGCAGACGAGAAGAUUCUCAGCUACAAUGAUGUUGUGCUUAGGCGUUCAGAUCUAGACAUCCUUAGUGGUCCAUAUUUUCUUAAUGAUCGAAUUAUUGAAUUCUAUUUCAGUUAUCUUUCUUCAUGCUAUCCUUCUCAGGACAUCCUGCUGGUUCCACCAUCCAUUGCAUUCUGGAUAAUGAAAUGCCCUGUCAUUGAGGCUUUAAAAGAUUUCUUAGAGCCCCUUCAUUUGACCGAUAAGACACUAGUUAUAUUUCCGAUCAAUGACAAUGAUGAUGUUAGCCAAGCUGAGGGAGGUUCCCAUUGGAGCUUGCUUGCAUAUUACAGAAAUGCUAAUCUCUUUGUUCACCAUGAUAGCACAAUGAGCAUGAAUAAAGAGCCUGCUACGCAGCUAUACAAUGCUGUUGUGGUAUACAUGGGACUCUCCAACUCUGCGUGCAAGGCCAAAUUUCUAGAAUGUCCUGAUUCACCCAAGCAAGUGAAUGGCUAUGAUUGUGGCUUAUAUGUUACAGCCAUAGCGAGAGUGAUAUGUAGUUGGCAUGUAAAUAAUGAAAAUACUGAGAGAGAAAGUCUCUGGUUUUCUGCUGUAAAGGAGCAGGUCACUCCUUCUUUUGUUGCUGAAAUGCGAAGUGAGAUCUUGGCCCUGAUCAGAGAUAUAAUGGCAAGACAGUGAAAGCUGAAUAAGAAUUGUGUUCGUGCUCGAAAUUUUUCAAUCUCAGCCCGAGCUUCCUCCGAUUUAGGAUGGAAGGGAAAUAUUCGGAUCUCCUUUUUAGAUGUGUAGCCGAUAUUAUUUUAUUGUAAUAUUGCAGUCUUUUUGGGUGAAUUUAGAUUAUUAUUUGCCUUCAUUGCCCAUGGAUGAAAUUUUAAUCAAAUAAAUAUUUGUUAUUUGAUUGUUAAUCAAAUGCUAGUAUUAAUUGGACAUUUAAUAAGCUUAA